GAAGGCGAGAAUGCAGCACAGGUUCAGCAGUGUAUCUGUUUCCAUGUUAGCUUAGCUGAUUUAGCCAGUGGCGCGCGAGGGGAGCUCAGCGCGUGCAGAGGAGGACAAACUUUCAGCAGCGACACCUGAACAGCCGAGUCGCAGCAGCAGGAAACAAGCAGUUAGGACCUGACUAAAGAGCAAAACAUGACAACCAACAGGCCAAGGAGCGCGCUCCGGGAAGCUUCCCAUCAGAUAAUCGCCGGUGGAUCCGCUGGUCUGGUAGAGAUUUGUUUGAUGCAUCCACUUGAUGUUGUUAAGACAAGGUUUCAAAUCCAGCGUGGAGCGAGUGACCCAACCAGCUACAAGAGUUUGGGAGACUGCUUCCGGACAAUUUUCCAGAGAGAAGGGAUCUUUGGCUUCUACAAGGGAAUCCUGCCUCCGAUCCUGGCAGAGACCCCAAAGCGAGCAGUGAAGUUUUUCACCUUUGAGCAGUACAAGAAGUUGCUGAGUCUGAGCCCUUUGUCUCCGGGUUUGGCAUUGUCUGCAGCAGGCCUCGGCUCAGGCUUGACUGAGGCUGUUGUUGUCAAUCCAUUCGAAGUGGUGAAAGUCAGUCUGCAGGCCAACAGAGAUUCCUUCAAAGAGCAACCCUCUGCUUUUGCCCAAGCACGGUAUAUAAUCAAGUCAGAUGGUUUUGGACUGAGAGGUCUGAAUAAAGGAUUAACAUCAACACUGGGACGCCAUGGAGUUUUCAACAUGAUCUACUUUGGCUUCUACUUUAAUGUCAAAGAUGCUAUUCCCACCAGCCCGGACCCCACAUUAGAGUUCCUGAGGAAAUUUACAAUUGGCCUGAUGUCGGGAACCAUCUCCUCAUGUGUGAAUAUUCCCUUCGACGUAGCAAAGAGCCGCAUUCAAGGCCCCCAGGCAAUACCAGGAGAGAUCAAGUACCGCACCUGCUUCCAGACCAUGGCGUUGGUGUCCCACGAAGAGGGUUACCUGGCUCUAUACAAGGGGUUGGUUCCCAAGAUUAUGAGACUUGGACCAGGUGGAGCGGUGAUGCUACUGGUCUAUGAAUACAUGUCUGCCUGGUUACAGAAAAACUGGUAAUAAGGUGAACAGGGAAGAUAAAUUAAAGCCUUUCA